GUCUGUCUCUCUUUUUCAUUACAGAUCCAGGUUGGUCUUCAUUGGCUAUAGCAGGGAUUGUUUUUGUUGUUGUUCUGCUGAUGGCUGCGGCUGCGGCUGCGGCUGCUCGUUUUUGGUACAAUCGCAGGAAUUUGGGCGAAGAAAUCAAUGUUUCAUGGAAUGAGGGAGAAGAUCUCCUUCUACACACAGGCCUUACUAAACUAUCUGAAGAUCGUACGAUACAGUGGUGGUACGGAGCUGAACUCAUUUCCAUUGCUAAAAUCAGUGGAAAGAACCCUGAGACACAUGAUGUUCCUGAUGGGAGAUUCAGUAACAGACUGACGCUGAAUGAGAAUACUGGAGAUCUCACCAUCAAAAACAUCAAAACCAUUCACUCUGGACUCUAUAAACUAAAGAUCAGCAGCAACACAUGCACCGGACGCAUCACAAGAUACCAAUGCAAAAGAUUCAUUCUUACCGUCAAUAUAAACGAAUUGAAAACGAAUGUGGGAAAUAAUUUAGAAAUAUGCAUUAAAGGUGAGCAACGGAACCAUGAUACGAUAUUGUGGAAGUUUGGACCUGAAGGCAGACUCAUUGCUAAAUUUGAUGUAAGUACAAAUAAGACAUAUAAAGAAGUUUUUAAAAACAGUCACGAAAGCAAUCUGAAGCUGGACGAUCAAACUGGAUCUCUGACCAUCACAAACAUUACAACUGAACAUGCUGGACUGUAUAAACUACAGAUCAACAGCAUCAGUGGAACCAAAAACAGGAAAUACAGUGUGACUGUCUCUGAUCCCACAGAAAACGGAGAGAAUGAUUCAGGGAUGCCGCUGAUGAAUAAAGAGAAUGUGGAUAUAGUGAAUGAACAGGAGGGAACAAGUUCACUUUAAUGAGAUAAGACACGCCCACCAGUGUCAAUCACUUCAGCUACAACAACACUUUUAUGAGCCUUUUAUACUCCGUCCAGUGAAAGUAAGAAAUGAACAGAGUCUGUUGAGCUGUUAAACCCUCAUGUAAAAAACUUCUUUGGUUUUAGAACCAAGAAACAUGUUUAUCAAACACAUUCAUAUAUCAUGUUACACUUUGUACUUGUUACACUAGCAGUUUGAUUUUUUUACUGCUUUGAUAUUGUGAUUGUAGACAGUGAGCAUCAGAUAUACCAUAGAUGUGUUUUAUAUAAUGUUUUACAGCAGUAUUUCUCUAACCAUUGUGUGUGCUGUUAUAAUAAUUAUUAACACAAUAUCAGGUUAAUAUUCAUGUUAAUCUUUGAUAACAGUGUUUUUAAAUUAGAGAUCACAUGACCUUCUGUAGAAAGUGUCUGUGUAGAAAUUCAUCAGACUAAUUAAGAGAGAUAGUUCAGAAACAUCUGUGACCACAUCAGUGAGUCAACUUCAAUGUAUGUUAAACUUUUAUUUUAUAAAUUAACCAGCUAACAUUCUAACAUUUUCAGUGUUUUACUUUUUCAUUUAAAUGUUCAACUUUAUGCCUUUACUAUUUACUAUAUUGCAUAAUUAUGCUUAAAAGUUAUCCAUAGAUUAUUCUGAAGUGAAUCUGUUUUUUUUCUAAUCUGAAUCUUAUCUGAAUGUCAAACUGUAAAUGUGAUCUGAAUUAUAUUGUUUGUAUUCAUGCUGAAACACUUAAAUUAGGCUUAUUGCACAUAUAGCAAAAAAAAAAGAUGAUAAAAAGCUUCAUGUAAGAUACUGAUGUCUGUCAAACACUGAUUCAGCCUUCAUUUCCUAACAGCUGUUUUCACAUGAAAUGCAUGAAAAAUGUACCCAAAUAUACAUUUGUAUGAAUGCUACUCAAAAAAAAUAAAUAAAUAAAAUAAAUAAAAAA